AUGGAUAGUGAUUCAGAUACAGAGGAGAUAAAUGAAGAAUGUAUACAACAAGCUAUAACUGAAGAAAUGGAAAUUGAUGAGCUGGUCAUUAUCGUUACAAGAACAUCACUAUAUUACCAUAAUAACUUUUUGGUUAAGGAGCCAUGUAGAAAUUCACCUCACACUGGUUGGAAAUUUAUGAUGGAAAUACUUAAUGGAAAUGAUCGACGUUGUCAUGAGAUAUUGAGAAGUUAUGGGUUAAAGUCCAGUAAAGGGUUGAGACUAGAAGAGUCGGUUGGUAUGUUUAUGAUGAUUUUAGGACAUGGAGCAGGUAAUAGAAUGAUUCAAGAGCAUUUUCAACAUUCAGGUGAAACUGAUUGUAUUGGAGCUAUAGAUGGAACACAUGUUCGAGUUUCACUUCCCGUUGAUAAACAAAUUCCAUACAUUGGAAGAAAGGGUUUUCCUACGCAAAAUAUUAUGGCUGUAUGUGGAUUUGAUAUGUUGUUCACAUUUGUGUGGGCAGGAUGGGAAGGAACAGCACAUGAUACUCGUAUAUUUCUUGAAGCAUUAAGAAAUACAAAUCUAAAUUUUCCUAAACCACCCAAUGGGUAUCCAAAUAUGAAAGGUUAUUUAGCUCCAUAUAAAGGGCAAAGAUAUCAUCUUCCUCAAUUUCAACAAGGUAGUCAACCUAGUGGCUAUAAAGAAGUAUUUAACCAUGCUCAUUCAUCAUUACGUAGUGUUAUUGAGCGUUGUUUUGGUGUAUGGAAAGCACGUUGGCAAAUUUUGCAUCGAAUGCCAAGUUAUGGAUAUGAUAAACAAGUAGCUAUCGUUACUGCUUCAAUGGCUUUACAUAAUUUUAUUAGGAGGGAGACUAUUAAUGAGAUGGACUUUCCGUCUUAUGAUGAAGCAAAUAAUGAUUUUGUAGACGAUGAUGUACAAAAUAUCAACUUAGCAAGAGAUGAGAGUGAAAUGGGAGUUGUCCGUGAUAAAAUUGCAGCGGAACUCAUGCUGAGAUAA